AUGGUGUCCUCUCACAUCAUCCGCAUCCCUCGGACCGACGAGGAGGGUGCGUUCGUACUCGGCGAGGUUAUGCCGUCAGGAUCCAAACCGCUGAACGUCAAGUUCGUUGCCACUGAGGGCGAGGAGCCCUACGUAGUCAAGCUGAGACAUGACCGCAUUGGCGAACUGAGAGCCAGCAGUAGCGCCUGCUUGCCCGAGGAGUGGGAACGUAUCUUGAAGACGCUUCUCCUCGGAGGUGAGCCCAUUGAGGGCAUCGAAGUGGGCGCAGAAGCCAAUGUGGGCAAGUCAAUUGUCAUUACUGUCAGGCGACGUGUGGCUGGUAUCAAUCAACGCCUUGGCUCACUGACACUGAACCACAAGGCCGAUGAAGCCAUCCAGCUGUUUGACUGGUGCGGAGCUGUUGCCCUGGAACGAGAGAAGUUUCACGAGACUGUGGCCGACGAGAAAGCCAAAGUAGCAGACUUGGAAGCCCGCAUCACCGAGCUCAGGAACCAGUUGGACGAGCUCACCGAGUCCAAGAAGGCCAGAGAGGCCGAACUGCUGGAGAAGUUCUGUACUCUACUCAACGAGAAGAAGGUCAAGAUUCGCGAGCAGCAACGCCUGCUCAGCACAGCUCAGGUCGACCAGUCACGGCUUGAUGCGGCGCGCGGUUCUCAAGGGACACGAUCAAAGAUGGCGGAGGCACGUAAACCCGUCCCUUCUCGACGCGCAAAGCGUAAGGCGCUCGAGGAUGCCUCAGGCGGUGGGUCUUCCUCGGACUCAGACGAUGGGUUCGAAAAGGUGGCCCCAAGUGCCGACACGAUGGACGUCGACCCGAAGGAGUCAGAGCCAGAGAUGACCCAAAAAGGUAAAGAGAUCUCCGAGUCGGAAGACCGUGAGACAACCGAUGACGAUGCGACCGCGUCCGGGCGUGAAGCUGAGGAAGAUGAGGCCCCUCGACGGCCAUCUCCACUGCCGAAAACUCGACAACAAACGCAGCCACAGCCAAAAAGACAUGCUGCUGCUAGCAAGGCGAGGAAAGGCAAGGACGUGGUGAUACACCCUCCCAGAAGAGCGCUCAGAAAGACGACGUCUAAGGCGGCCACGCAAAAGCCGGUCGAGGGAAGCGAGACGGAGUCAGACGAUGAGUUGUGA